GGCAUUGAGUAAACAGUUGAAAAUGGAGCUGUCGGUGUCAACGAGGCCAGAAAGGCAAGGAUCCUCGGUGUUUCUGUUCAAGAGCUUUGCCAGGAGUCUGCAGCAAUUCCUCAAUCAGACUAGUCUGCAUGGCCUUAAAUUUGUGGGGGAUUCCAGUCUCAGCAGUUGGGAGAGAUCAUUUUUCUUUGGCUCCUUUGUGACCGCUCUCAUAAUCACAGUCCAUCUUAUAUCGAAUAUCUAUGUCAAGUGGGAUAGCACUCCGGUAAUAAUUGGAAUCAGCCCCCAUGCCACUUCCAUUUUAAAAGUACCCUUUCCGGCUAUUACCAUUUGCAAUAUGAACCAAGUGCAAAGGAGUCAGGUGGCCAAUUACAGGGAGGGCUCCAACGAGAGCGCUCUUUUAAAGCUUUUGUGCGACUCGGAUAGCUGGCAAUCCAAUGAGUUUGACGAAGAGCUGGCUGCUUUCAACUUCGCCAGAAAUAACAUGAGGAUUUCCGACUUUGUCUCGAAUCAUUCGCAGUCCUGCGAGAGAAUGCUGCUUUUCUGUAGAUUCAGUGCCGUGGAGCGAAACUGCUCGCAUUUGUUUCAGCGGAUUCUGACAGAUGAGGGACUGUGCUGCGUCUUUAACUUCGAGCCGCCUGAAUAUCUCUACAAGCCAUCUGCGAAUAGCCGUCGGAACUUGACGAAUGCAGAUGGUUUUGAAAGUGUUAAGUGGGAUCCGGAGGCGGGAUAUCCUGAAAAACUGCCCCCCAAAUUUUAUCCGGCUACAUCAAGUGGAACUGGUAUCACUUUGGGAUUUACUGCCAUACUAGAUGCUCAGAUGAGUGAAUAUUACUGUUCUUCGACAAACGGACCUGGUUUUAAGGUCUAUUUCCACAAUCCCGUCGAGGUGCCCAUGGUGAAGGAGGCUGGUCUGAUUACAGCCAUUGGCUAUGAGACCAAUUUCCGCAUCGAGAUGGUUCGAGCCGAGGCUGUUCCGGCCAUUCGUUCGAUAUCCCGCGACGGCCGGCAGUGUCUGUUCAACAACGAGAAGGAGCUGAUCUUUUAUAGGAUAUAUACAAGGCUCAACUGCGAGAACGAGUGUCUGGCCGCCUACCUGUACGACACCUGCUCCUGCAUCCCGUACGAUUAUCCGCAGAUCUACAGCAACGCCACCACCUGCAGCAUGCGGGACACGUUCUGUGUGCGCCGGGCCCAGAGAGCCGAAAACCGUCCGGGUUGGGUAAAGUGCCGCAAACAGUGCCUGCCCAGCUGCUUCGAUCUGAAUUACUUGGCCAGUGCCUUCGCCUUUCCCCUGGCCUCCAACAACUUUCAGCUGGCCAACGCGCUGGUGGAGAGCAUGAACAAAUCCUAUCUCAGCGAGAAUAUAGCUGUGAUCAAUGUUUAUUUUCGGGAGUCUGUCUACUAUGGAAACACCAAGAAUGCCUACGUGGGAUUGACUGAGUUUCUAUCCAAUGUCGGUGGUGUAAUGGGUCUUUUCAUGGGUUUCAGCGUUAUCUCCCUGGCGGAGAUCCUAUACUUUUUGAUCCUAAAACCCCUUGCCGAACUUUUCGUAUGGAAGAGGUCAGCCCUUGUAGACUCAGAAAAAAGCCUUAAACAUAAUGCCUUCGCCAUUGAACAACCCAAUACUCCAGAUAACUCUACUUUAUGGCAUACAAAAGAACUGUACCCCAAGGGCAUAUCAUUAAGAGCAUACGAAAGAGGUAGAAAAAUGUAA